UCAGGCUCAAGGAAAGGCGUCGUAAUGUCGUAUGCAUAUGCUAAUGCUAUGCAGCACGCGCAAUCAGCGAAGACAUUUCCUUCUUCCCCCAUGACUCCCGCCGCGAUCCUCCUCCUCGUGCUCGCCGUGCUAACGCCGCUGGCCACGGUCGCCGCCAGAAACCACGGCUUGCCCGGCGGUCACUACUGCGGGGCGCAAGGGCGCUACGCUCCCAACGGCACCUACGAGGCUAACCUACGGCUUGUCUCCGCCAGGCUCGCCGUCAAGCUGGUAAAUGCAUCCUCUCCCGCCGGCACCGCAUCUGCCUAUGCCGACGCCCACCAGGUCGUCGCAUCCGCCCACUGCCACUGGACUCGGGACGGCGCCAACUCAUCGGCCAGCAGCAGCUGCGUCGCCUGCGUCGCUCUGGCCUUCCGGGACGCGCGCCUGCUGUGCCCGUAUCACAGGGACGUCGUGGUUGAGCGCGGCGAAUGCCGCGUCACCUACCACUACCACGACGCCCAACUAAUGGAGCGGGAUAUGAGGCAUCUGACAUUUUGGUGGAACAAAGUUUUGGCUCAAGAUUUUCCUUUGGUCCUGUCCUUCCAAGCGAUCGGGUUUGCUUGUCUUUUGUUCUUGUUUAUCAAAGAAUGGCGCGGCAGAGGAAGAGCAGGCCCUGCGAUGCAAUCAGUCAUGUAAUUUGGUUGUUGAGAUACACAAGUUUACCAUGGUAUCAAGGGAGGCCCGAUUUGUCCACCCCAUUUAUCCAAUUUCAGGGAAGAACAAGAAUGCAAGAUUUGCUUCUCCUAUUCAAGUCUUCCUUUG